UCUCACUGCUGAGAUAUAGUAGUGCGCUAACUGCAUUUCACUAUAUACGAAAUGAGUGAAUGAGUGAACGAUUUCGGACACACCGCGCGCGAGAGAGAGAGAGAGCGAUCGCAACAAACAUGGCAACAGAGCGGAGCGGACAGGGGUGUCUUCUAACUUUCAUCGUGUUCCUCUGGAGCUCUGUCGGCGGGCGAACGGAGACACCGAGCCCCGACUCGAGCAGUCAGAUCCUGGGCAUGCGGCUGGAGAGGAGCGAGAAGCCGGCGAGCACCACGGAGGACGGGCUCAUCCAGGUAACGGAGGAGAGCAGCGUGUCGCUCCGGCUUUAUGGGGUACAUCUGAGCCCGGACGCAGCAUCCGACAUCAGGUUCACGGAGGACUUGGAUACGGGUGACAGUGACGUAGCAAACAGGACUUGUGAUGAUUUCACCAAAGACUUUAGUAUCAGCAGUUAUAUGAAUGUGAGCAGCAGAGGCACAUCAGGGUUGGUGAGUGUGUAUAUAAAGGCACUGCGUAAAAGUGAACGAGAAAAGACCUACAGCCUCUGUGUCAGGCAGGGUUUGGAUGAUAAAUGGGUUCUUUUGGGUGAUAAUGAUGGUAGAUUGAUAGUUGUGGAGGAAAAAGCUUCUCUUCUGCCUCUUUGGCUUCAGAUGAUACUGGUGUCAUUUUUGCUGAUGCUGUCAGGCAUGUUUAGUGGACUCAACCUUGGGCUCAUGGCUUUGGACCCAAUGGAGCUUCGCAUCGUGCAAAGUUGUGGCACCAGUAAGGAGAAGAAGUAUGCACGUAAAAUUGAACCCAUCCGGAGCAAGGGCAACUAUUUGCUUUGCUCAUUAUUGCUUGGAAAUGUUUUGGUGAACACUACGUUGACAAUCCUAAUAGACGAUUUGAUUGGGUCUGGCUUGGGUGCCGUGCUGGCAUCAACGGUUGGAAUUGUCAUAUUUGGUGAAAUUGUGCCUCAAGCACUUUGCUCUCGCCAUGGUUUGGCCGUUGGUGCCAACACCAUUGUAUUAACCAAGUUCUUCAUGAUGCUCACCUUUCCAUUGUCAUUCCCAAUCAGCAAGCUCCUGGACUGUAUCCUUGGGCAGGAAAUUGGCACCGUGUACAACCGUGAGAAAUUGGUUGAGAUGCUGAAGGUCACUGAGCCCUACAACGACCUGGUCAAGGAAGAGAUGAACAUCAUACAAGGUGCUUUAGAACUGAGAACCAAAACCGUUGAGGACAUAAUGACUCCUCUAAGUGACUGCUUCAUGAUUCACAUUGAUGCGGUGCUGGACUUCAACACCAUGACUGAGAUCAUGGAAAGUGGCUACACACGGAUACCCGUGUAUGACACGGAACGCUCCAACAUCGUAGACAUACUGUAUGUCAAGGACUUGGCCUUCGUUGACCCAGACGAUUGCACGACACUCAAAACAGUCACCAAGUUCUACAACCACCCAGCUAAUUUUGUCUUCCAUGACACCAAGUUGGAUGCCAUGUUGGAGGAGUUUAAGAAAGGUAAAUCUCACCUGGUUAUCGUUCAGAAGGUGAAUAAUGAAGGAGAAGGAGAUCCGUUUUAUGAGGUUGUUGGGCUUGUCACGCUGGAGGACGUUAUUGAAGAGAUCAUCAAAUCGGAGAUCCUGGACGAAUCUGAUCUAUAUACUGACAAUCGUAACAGAAAGAAAGUGGAUCCCAACAAGAACAAAAGGGACUUCUCUGCUUUUAAACAUGAGAGGGAAUCCAAGCUGAAGAUCUCCCCUCAGCUAAUGCUAGCUGCACACCGAUUCCUCGCCACAGAGGUGACUAUCUACAGUCCACUCCAGAUUUCAGAUAAGGUGUUACUACGAAUCCUCAAACAUCCAGAUGUCAUUCAGGAGGUAAAGUUCAAUGAGGACGACAAGCGCGCUCAACAGCACUAUUUAUAUCAGCGUGGUAAACCUGUCGACUAUUUCGUCCUAAUCCUUCAGGGUCGAGUGGAAGUGGAGGCAGGAAAUGAGAAUAUGAAGUUUGAAACAGGCCCUUUUUCUUAUUAUGGAGUCAUGGCUCUGACUGCAUCAUCCCUGGCUGUCACCCCCCCUCUCUCUCCUAACAUGGUGUCACCUCGUCCACGCCGCCUUUCGCUUAAGAGGUUUUCUCUGUUCUCUCGUUUUCCAGAGUUUCGCUCGCUGUCACAUGUGAGCGGAUUGAAUCGCUCAGUGUCUCUGAGCUGUACUGAGAGAGUUGAGUCUGUAUCUAUCAGCGGAAGUAACAGUCAGCUCAAUAACAGCCCAUCUGCACAGUACGUCCCUGAUUUUAAUGUGCGGGCCCUCACUGACCUACAGUUUGUGAAGGUCACUCGCUCACAGUACCAAAACGGACUUCUGGCGUCCAAGCUGGACAGCACCACCCAGUCCCCUGACAGCAGCCAUAUGCGUCUGGAUCCCGUCCCCCUACCACCUCUGACUCCACCCAACACCACCAUCACAAACCACACCACAGCGCCACCGGCACUUAAAGAGAACGGCCCCGAUGAGACCACCUCACUGCUCAACGACAAGAACAGCCUCCCCAAACGCCGCCACACCCACCAUCAGUCGCACCUGAACACCAACGUCAACUCUAACUCCAGCCCGAACCCUCAAAAUCACCCCAAACCUCUUUAUCCCCAUGGCAACAGCAGCCCAACGUCACUCCCCAACGCUCAUGUGCAUCCAAUCGCUCACCUCCACACGAUCUCGCACACCGAGAGCACCAUAUGACGAAACUAAUCUGGAGCCCUGUGACACAGCGCUCCAGAGUUGACCAAAUGCAAUCACAUACACACCAAUGCACAAACACGGAUAAAAUUUAACUUGUUGAAUUGCUGGCAGGGACCCUUCCUUCAUGUCAGUUCCAGCUAGAAACUAAACUAGGAAAAAAAAAAAUUUAAUCAUGUUAAAUGUGUUCAAGAACUCCAAAACACCCAACAGGAUGUGUACUGUGCUUCCGGUUCCCCCAAGUGAAAAAAUGAAAAUUCUGACAUAAUUUAUUCACCCUCAUGUGUCUGUGAAACACCAAAAAAAUACUUUUUUUUUUUUUCAAGAAUAUCUUGGAAACUCUUUUCCAUAUAUUGAGAGUGAAUGGGGACUGACCCCAUCAAGCUCCAAAGGCACCAUAAUAGUAGUCCAUGUGACGUGUCCGCUAUAUUCAAAGUCUUCUGAAGCCACACGAUAGCAUUGUGUGAUGAACAGAUCAAAAUUGAACUGAAAUCUUGCCCUCUGCUGUAGCUUUUAAAUCAGAUAUGGUGCUGUUAGAUUCAUCGCAUCAGGUUUGUCAUCAAUGACAUCAAACGUCUUUUUUUGUGUCUCUUGUGACCAGUGUUUGGUGUAAUCCAAUUACAAAGUAAUUAGUUACUGUAAUUAAUUGCUUUUAGUAAGAAAAAGUAGUGUAAUGUAUUACAUUUUAAAUUCUUGUAAUUAGAUUACAGUUACUGACUUUAAAUUAAUUUAAUUACUUUUAAGUACAGUAGGGUUAUGCUUAUUUCUGAUAUAUUAUUUAUGUAGAAUACAUUAAUUAUGGCCCCUUGUGGCGUGGGGACGUGGUCAUGUGUCGGUCUGCGGGAGAGAGAGAGAGAGCGGUAAGGCUUGUCACCUGGUUUGUAAUUAACCCCACCCCCUGUGUCUUGUGUUCCCUCCCCCCCGUUCCCCUCACUCCCGCCCAAUUCUGGCUCCUCGAAGGUGGGGAGGCCCGCCCAGACCCCGACCCCGGUCUAGAGGACCCUUUCCUUUGUCUGCCCCUCCAAACCCCCCUGUCUCGCUCCGCAUCACUAUAACAAGACACAGGUGUUAAUUACAAACCAGGUGACAAGCCUUACCGCUCUCUCCCUCUCCCGCAGACCAACACAUGACCACGUCCCCAAGCCACACCCCUUAAAAGGAAAUAUGUGAGGUGCAGAGUGUAUGACUUGUGUGUAAAUGGUAAAUGGUCUACACUUAUAUAGUGCCUUUUUAAUCUUAGCGGUAUUCAGAUCGCUUUACACUGCGUCUCAUUCACCCAUUCACACACACAUGAUGGCAGAGAUGCAAGGCACUAGCAUGCCAUUGAGAGCAACUUGGGGUUCGGUAUCUUGCCCAAGGACACAUCGGCAUGUGGAGUCGUGUGGGCCAGGAAUCAAACCACCAACCCUGCGAUUAGUGGACAACCCGCUAAUACAUAAUUAGUCAUUUGUAGUGGGUUACUAUUUUUAAGUAACUUAUCCAACUGUGCUUGUGACCAAACAUUGAUGUCAUGGUUUCAUAUUUGAUUUGAGUGCAAAAGGGUGAGAUUUUCAGUGAAUAAUGAUGUCCUUUUAUCAUACAAAGCUGUCUUAUGGCUUCAAGAGGCUUGGAAUAUAGUGCACAUGUCAUAUGGACUACUUUUAAUGGUCAGUGGCUUCUUUUUUGUCAUUUAGGAGCUUGGCAACCUUAGUUCCCAUGCACUUUCAUUAUAUGGAAAAAAUGUGGCCAUAAUACUCUUCAAAAAUUCCCCAUUAGUGUUCCACUGAAGAAAAAAUCAUUUUGGAAGGACAUGAGGGUGAGUAAAUAAUUACAGAUUUUCAUUUUUGUUCUAACUGUUCAAGAGGUACGAUGUUUUCGGUUUUAGGGGCUGCGGGUUCAGCCGGAGGUCAAGGUGUUCAUGAUAAGUUGUGGUGAAUGUUUUCAUCCAGGCCUGUUUGUCUGCUAUUGCAUGAUAGUCAUUUAGACAUAUAUUCUCGUAGACACUCCUCUCCCAAAACUUUUGGUGAAGUGUGUACUUGGUAUGCGACAAAUAGCAGCGCCCUUUGCAAAACCGGGGCAUUUUAAUGGCAUUAUACAACAUUUAAUCAGUAUAUAACACAAUUAUUGUAAGAUAUGCACCUUUUAUAAUGUCUCUGACCCCGAGGCAUAUGUUGUAUGCUGUUGUGUUUCGUUUGGGGUCUUUGAGAACUCUUGAGUCUCAGUUCAUAAGCUAUUAUUACCAUGGGAACGCCAUGGACUUGGUAACGUUUGUGUGGAACUAACCUUUUAGCACAAACUAUAUUCCUUUCAAAGAGAAAGUUCUGAUCUAGAUUGCCUGCUGUAUAUUGUAGUUCUAUAUGAUUAUAUGAAAGCUUUCUUUUGAAGACGAAAGCAUCAAGCCAAGUUUAUUUGGUGAACUGCGCUACAGGAUGUAGCUUUAUGUGAUGAAAUUGUUGCUCUACAUGACGAACGUGAAGGGACACUUUUUGUAAAUUUACGGAAAGUCGCAGAAAAGGUUUGGAGAACUUUGUGGUCAGGAUAUAUACAAAAAAAAAAUGUGAGCUAUUUGUAGCAAAAAAUUAUUGAGCUUUGACCAUUGCAAAAUACCAAACAACAGACCUUUUUGAUAUGAAAUGCUAAAUAUAAUAUAUAAAUUAUUUAAAUAAAUAUUCGAAAGAUUUAACGUAUUUUAUUUUUGUCUAAAUAUGUAUUGGAUCUAUAUCUACAGACAAUGUUUUGUAUGCUUAUACUUUAUUUAUUCUCUUUUUUCAUAAUUAUAAUUCUUCCAUCCCACAAUAUGUUUGGACAUUUUACUUUUGAGUUGGUUUGAAAUUCCCAUUGACAGCGACGAUUCCCAUUAUAUUAUCAUCAUUUUAAUACAACACUUUUAGUGUACUGCAAUAAAAAUAAAUAAACAAAAUAAUUUAUGCUGAUUUUAAUUUAAAAAAUGUUGUAAGGCAGCACAACAUUCUGCCAUGAUGCACAAAUUCUUUACAAUUUAAAUAUGAUAUAAUAUGAAAAUUAAAAAGGAUAAAAUAUAAUUAUGAAAACAAAUUCUGUAACACAAACUGUAAUGGUCCAAAAAAUUAUAAUAAUUAUUAUUAUUUUACAAUUAUUAUAUUACAAACAAUUGUUUAUGUUAUUAUAAUUUAUUAUUUUAUUAUAUUUAUUUUAUGUAUUUUUAUUUGGGGGAAAAUACGACCCAGAAAUGUUCUUGACAGGUUUUGUGAUUUUUCCACCUUUUCUUUGUUUUUCUCAAAGGCUUUGAUGGGUCAGACAUGUUUUGUAUGUUCGGUUCUAUGGUUUGUGUGCAUUUGUGUUGUGUUCUCUAUCGUGAAUAUAUCUAGUGGUGCGGUUGUAGCAACAACAAAGCGGUUUCUCACUUGAAUGGCUGCAUGAACUGCUGCUCUCAUGCACUCUCAUGAACGCAUGUGCACUGGAGAGCAACGGUUGCUGAAUAUUUUCACCAAAUAAUACAUUUGAUUUUGGUUUGGCUCUCAACAAACCUUAUCGUAUGCCUUCAGAGCAAGGCAUGAGUCACAUUUAAUCAUUUAUUAGACCUCUGAAUUUUUCUUUUGGGUCAUUUUGAAACUUGAAGAGGUGGUCACCAUCUCCUGUCAUUGUAUGACAUCAGUGAGCAGAACAUAUUUUGAAAAUUUCUCUUUGUGUACCAAAAAAUAAAGUAAGUCAUACGGGUUUAGAACAACGUGAGGAUGAAUAAAUAAUGACAGAAAGUUAUUUUUUGGGUGAACUAUACCUUUAAAAAUGAACCAAUCAUGAGAUAGUUCAACUAAAGCCUCGUUCCUUGGUAUACAGUGUCAGUGUGAUAGAUUUUCUGCAAUGACUUCCAUUGACCGUAAACCUGGUUUUCUACCAAGAUCAUGUUUCAGAGAGGUUACGCUGUGAUUGUUUUUCCCAUUGUAUUUCUCAUGAUGAGCCGAUAUUAGAGAAGGUAUUCACACUGCAAGUGCAUGCAUGGAGGGUACAGUGUUAAAAGUGUUCUUUUAUUUCAGAAAUUGUAUUUAAAACCCCAAUGAGAUGUCUAAGUAACAGAGUAUAUAGUAUUUAAACAGAUUACUCAAUGGUAGGUUGGAAGAACAACAUCGGAUUGUUGUUAUUGUUAUUUAUCAGUUUUGCUUUUGAAAAGAAAUGGACUUUGUUCGAAGUUUGUAUGGUGAUUUAUGAGUUAUUUAUAACUGUUUUGUUGCCUUUGAGAUAUAUUAUAUAAUGCAAUAAGUAGAUAGGGGUUUUGUUUCUUUUUUUAACAUGUACUAUUGCACAGAGAGAGAACUUGAGUUGCAUUUUACCUCAAUUGUCAUUUCUUGUAUGUGAAAUUUAACUAGUUUAUAGUUUAACUAAAAUCAAAACAUGGGUGUUAUGAGCUCAAACACUGUACAACAGUGUAGGAUGUAUAAUGACCAAAGUUGCCACACUACAUUAAAUAAAUAAAUAAUAAAAUUUGUCAGUCAACACAUCGGCCAAAGCAUUUUGCACUUUGAUUUGUCCAUUUAAUUCCUCUGUGACACAUUCUUGCGCAGGGAUUCUGUUUGUGCGUUUGGUUUAUUUGGUGGGGGAUGCUUUUGUCGCUUGUAACUAAUGAAAUUCCUUUGAGCCUGAUGCUGGGCUUUUGAAUUCAGUUCAGUAAUCUGCUUUUAAUGUUCAUAGUUGUUUCACCAGAGGAACUCUAUGGGAGAGACAUUUUGACUUGUGUGUCUCUAUGGGAUAAUUAGACCAUGGUGAAGGUUAAAGAUUCUGAAUGUGUGUUUUCAGGAAAUUAUUGCAUUUUCCACUGUGCAAAAUUUACUUUUUGGGGUCAUGACCUUUAAAUUGACCUUUUGAACUGUUUAGGUUCUUGCAUAGCAAACUAAGCCAUUUGAAUUGUUUGCUUUACACUACAAAAUGAAUGGGAAUGCACUCGUCUUCCGUUACAAAUAGUCAUGUUUGCUAGUGCAAUUGAUUUGCAUGGUAGCUUUUGAAUGCUCUGAUAAUUUCUUCCUCUGAAAAUUUUGUUUUGUGAAUGGAUGCGGUAUGAUGAGUGGUUUCUUUUAAUAUGUUUUUCUUUUCUUUUUUUAAGUCGCUCGUCUUAUAAGGGAAAAUGCAAAUGAACUGUACCUUCCAUUAACUUUGUUGGUCCUAUUUAAAGCAAUGUGUACAUAGUAUUUUAUAAUUAUGCUGUCUGAAUUCUGAUGAUGGUAAAUGGUAACUCGAAGAGACAUAUUUCUCUAUUAA